GUGGGCGGGCUCAAGCUGAGUUUCACUUCCCGCCACUGCUGCCAGCAGCCGGAACCAGCCAGAACGUGGGCCCAGAGUCUGCUGCUGCCUGCUAAUUGGUUCAGCGGCAGGUACCUGCCUCACCAUGGGCUCCCAGACCCUACCCUCAGGUCCCAUGCAGACCCUCAUCUUCCUGGACCUGGAGGCCACUGGCCUACCCUUUUCCCAGCCAAGAGUCACGGAGCUGUGCCUGCUGGCUAUUCACAGAUGUGCCUUGGAGAGCCCUCCUACCCGUCAGGGGCCACCUCCCACUGUGCCCCUGCCACCCCGUGUGGUGGACAAGCUCUCCCUGUGUGUGGCUCCAGGGAAGGCCUGUAGCCCUGCGGCCAGCGAGAUCACAGGACUGAGCACAGCUAUGCUAGCAGCACACGGGCGUCAACACUUCAAUGCUGACCUGGCCAACAUGCUCCAAGCCUUCCUGCAGCGCCAACCACAGCCCUGGUGCCUGGUGGCACACAAUGGUAACCGCUAUGACUUCCCCCUACUCCAAGCGGAGCUGGCUUUUCUGGGCCUUACCAGCGCUCUGGAUGGUGCCUUCUGUGUGGACAGCAUUGCCGCCCUGAAGGCCCUGGAGAAGGCUGGCAGCCCCUCAGAGCACGGCGAAAGGAAGAGCUACAGCCUAAGCAGCAUCUAUACACGCCUGUAUGGGCAGGCCCCACCAGACUCACACACGGCCGAGGGUGAUGUACUAGCUCUGCUCAGCAUCUGUCAGUGGAGGCCACAGGCCCUGCUGAAGUGGGUGGAUGCUCAUGCCAAGCCCUUCAGCACCGUGCAGCCCAUGUAUGGGGUGCUAGCCUCAGCCAAAACCAUCCCAAGGCAAUAUGCUGCUGUAACCUCUGCACCCCUGACCACAGCCAGGGACUCCAGUCCCAGUUCUGGCAACAGCAGGAGGCCCAAUGCCUUUCCUCCAAAGGAGGGCCCUGGACCCCCACCUAGGGAGAGUCUGCUGGCCCCACUGAGCCUGCUGGCCUUUCUGACCUUGGCACUAGCUACGCUGUAUGGAUUGUUCCUGGCCACACCUGAGUAGCAGGUCAAGAAGGAAAGUCUGACUAAUAAAGACCCCUCAUAGCAUUAUUAUCACAGCGUACUUGCCUCCUACUUUUUUCGGCAACCUUGGAGCUUCCUGGUCCUCUACCCACACUCAGGGACCUGGGGAGGGGAGGGUGGUACAGUGUUUGUCCCUCAUCCUUCCUGGCAGGUUGUUCAGACUUCUGGCCCCAAUAAAAGUAGGAAAAACACAGGCAUCCAAUGGGUGGAAGUGGUACCUAGCUUAACACUCAGCCCCAGCAGUCAAGGUUAUAAAGAGGAGGAGCAGCAAUUGCAAAUGUUUGCAUUUAUUAUAAACAAGGGUGUUUAUAAACACUAGACUCUCGGAACAUAUCAACAGAUACAAAGCUAAGACCGAUCUAGUGAGAACAGAGGGGCAGGGAACACCGAGGUAUUCGAGUCUGGGCCAGAGCAGCCACCUAGAGGCCCCUCCACCUUUGGUCACGAUGAUCCCUUGGCCCAGUGUCCUGCUGCUAGGAUGAACGAGACUGGGGGACAGGAGCUGGAUACAGUGUGAGGCUGGUGUUGGUGGAAAACGGACUAUCAGAAGUCAGACAGUCCCUCUUCUGUGGGCCAGUCUCCAUCCAGGACCUAGGGAUUUCAGUCCCUCAGCAUAUCACACAUAUUUUGAAACAGAAGACAAUAAAAAUGUUUGGCUAAGAGUGAAACACAAUACUGCAGGGAGGACACCUGAGUGUAGGUGGACAGGAGCCCCUGCCCGCCCUGUGAUGGAACUGGGGCCAGCCAGGGCAGCCAGAACCAUGAGUGAAUGUGGCCCUCCAGGGGGUCCCAUGGAGGAUGCAGGACAGUCCAAGCAGACAGCUAUCAGGGGUAGACAGGACUCUGCCUAAGGUUCUGAUACCAGGAAGCCCCAUCCUCCGCAGGGCAUGGCACAAGCC